CUCUGCCUUCGUCUCUCAGGAGCCGAAGCCCAAAGCACUCGGGCCGGAGCGGGCCCGCGAGCCGCCGCCAUGGGAAGCCGCGUCUCUCGAGAGGACUUCGAGUGGGUCUACACCGACGAACCGCACGCCACUCGGCGCCUGGAGAUCCUGGCGAAGUACCCUGAGAUCAAAUCAUUGAUGAAACCUGACUACAGACUGAUUUGGAUUACAACCAUGAUGGUCUUCACCCAGCUGAUUGCAUUAUACAUAGUGAAAGACUUGGACUGGAAAUGGGUCAUGUUCUGGGCAUAUGCUGUAGGCAGCUGCCUUAACCACUCGAUGACUUUGGCAAUUCAUGAGAUUUCCCAUAAUAGUGCCUUUGGCAACUGCAAAGCUAUGUGGAAUCGCUGGUUUGGGAUGUUUGCGAAUUUUCCUAUUGGCGUUCCAUAUUCCAUUUCUUUCAAGAGGUACCAUAUGGACCAUCAUCGCUACCUCGGAGGCGAUGGCAUCGAUGUGGACAUCCCUACUGAUUUUGAGGGCUGGUUUUUCUGUACCACAUUCCGAAAGUUCAUAUGGGUUAUUCUUCAGCCUCUCUUUUAUGCUCUCCGGCCUCUGUUCAUCAACCCCAAGCCUAUUUCUUAUCUGGAGAUGAUCAAUGUGGUAGCCCAGAUUAGUUUCAACAUUGCCAUUUACUACUUUUUUGGAGUUAAAUCUCUGGUCUACGUGUUGGCAGCCACCAUAUUUGGUCUGGGCUUGCACCCAAUUUCUGGACAUUUCAUAGCCGAACAUUACAUGUUCUUAAAGGGACAUGAAACAUACUCAUAUUACGGGCCUCUGAAUUUGCUGACCUUCAAUGUGGGUUAUCACAACGAACAUCAUGACUUCCCCAACAUUCCUGGCAAAAGCCUUCCACUAGUGAGAAAAAUCGCCGCUGAAUAUUAUGACAAAUUGCCCCACUAUCAUUCCUGGAUCAAAGUAUUGUAUGAUUUUGUGAUGGAUAAUACAAUCAGUCCAUACUCGAGAGUAAAGAGACAUCCAAAAGGACAAGUGGUACAGGAAUGAAUGUCAUCGUAGCCAAAGGAACUCAGAACCGUUCAAAUAGCUGACAAACUGAAAUCUUUGUGUUAUUAAACUUACGACCUGUGGUAUUUAGAAGCUGUCCUGGGACAAUUUUGAAGCAGACGCCCCAUGGCCUCAGGAAGCCAACACGACUUCACACAGCCAACCUGUCCACAGUGCCCUGCCACUCGUCCUUGCAUCGUCAUUGUUCAGGAUGUUCUCCCCCCGAAUCUGGCAUUUUGUAAGCAUAUCCCAAAAACUUUUAGAAAGCUAUUUCUACCAUUAUUUUCAUGAUAAGCUUUUACUUUAUUAAACCAGCUAAUAAACGAGGUACUAAUCACAA